ACNAAGGCAUGGCCGGUCAAGUGGCUGGAGUGCGGCAAGUGCUCGAGUUGGAGGAGAUAGCUUUUACACAGGGAUCUCACUUCAUGGCAAAUAAAAGGUGCCAACUGCCUGACGGCUCGUUCCGCAAGCAACGCAAAGGCUAUGAAGAAGUACAUGUGCCCGCCCUCAAACAAGUGCCGUACGAAGAUAAGGAAGAGCUUCAAUCCAUUGAUAAGCUACCGAAGUAUGUGCAGCCAGUAUUUGAAGGUUUCAAAACUCUCAAUCGUAUCCAGAGUCGUCUGUGGAAAGCCGCACUAGACAGUGAUGAAAAUAUGUUGCUAUGCGCUCCCACCGGUGCUGGCAAAACGAACGUAGCCUUACUAACAAUGAUGCGUGAAAUCGGCAAACACAUCAAUGAAGAUGGUACAAUUAAUGUGGAUGAAUUUAAAAUCAUCUACGUAGCGCCAAUGAAGUCUUUGGUACAAGAAAUGGUGGGUAACUUUGGCCGUCGCUUGUCUUGUUAUAAUUUAACUGUCUCCGAGUUGACAGGCGAUCAUCAGCUAACACGCGAGCAAAUAGCCGCCACACAGGUUAUAGUUUGCACACCAGAAAAGUGGGAUAUUAUCACACGCAAGGGAGGAGAAAAGACCUUUACAAGCCUGGUGCGAUUGGUCAUCAUCGAUGAAAUCCAUUUGCUGCAUGAUGAACGUGGUCCAGUGCUUGAGGCAUUGGUGGCCCGUACAAUUCGAAAUAUUGAAACCACACAGGAGGAUGUACGCUUGGUAGGCUUGUCCGCUACGCUGCCUAACUAUCAAGAUGUAGCAACAUUCUUGCGCGUCAAACCGGAUAAAGGACUAUACUAUUUCGACAACAGCUUCCGUCCAGUGGCGCUGGAACAACAAUACAUCGGCGUGACUGAAAAGAAGGCGUUGAAGCGCUUCCAAGUCAUGAACGAAAUUGUUUACGAGAAGACAAUGGAGCAUGCUGGUCGCAAUCAGGUUUUGGUGUUUGUGCAUUCGCGCAAGGAGACUGGGAAGACAGCGCGUGCAGUGCGCGACAUGUGUUUAGAGAAGGACACACUUGGUAGUUUUCUGCGCGAGGGAUCAGCUAGUAUGGAAGUGUUGCGAACAGAGGCAGAGCAGGUGAAGAAUACGGAGUUGAAGGAGCUACUGCCCUACGGUUUCGCCAUACAUCAUGCUGGCAUGACACGUGUCGAUCGUACGCUGGUGGAGGAUCUUUUCGCCGAUCGUCAUAUUCAGGUCCUAGUGUCCACUGCAACACUUGCUUGGGGUGUUAACUUGCCCGCGCAUACAGUUAUAAUCAAAGGCACUCAAGUAUACAAUCCGGAGAAGGGUCGUUGGGUAGAGCUUAGCGCUCUCGAUGUGCUACAAAUGUUGGGACGUGCUGGUCGUCCGCAGUACGACACCAAAGGCGAAGGCAUACUCAUCACAAACCACAGCGAACUGCAGUUCUAUCUCUCGCUGCUCAAUCAGCAGCUUCCAAUCGAGUCACAGUUCAUCUCUAAAAUGCCCGACAUGUUGAAUGCCGAAAUCGUGCUCGGCACAGUGCAGAAUUUGAAAGAUGCUGUGCAUUGGCUUGGCUAUACUUACCUUUACAUACGCAUGUUGCGCAACCCCACCUUGUAUGGUGUUUCGCACGACGCCAUACGCGACGAUCCACUACUGGAGCAACAUCGCGCCGAUCUUAUACACACUGCCUCGCUACAUCUGGAUCGCAGCGGCCUCGUUAAGUACGAUCGUAAGAGCGGCCAGUUCCAAGUGACCGAGCUGGGACGCAUAGCCUCCCAUUAUUACUGCACACAUGAAACAAUGAUGACUUAUAAUCAACUGUUAAAGCAGACGCUCAGUGAGAUCGAGUUAUUCCGCGUCUUCUCACUCUCUUCGGAGUUCAAGCACAUUGCUGUCCGUGAAGAAGAAAAAUUGGAGUUGCAAAAGCUGAUGGAACGUGUGCCCAUACCCAUCAAGGAGUCGAUGGAGGAGCACAGCGCCAAGGUGAAUGUACUACUGCAAGCGUAUAUCUCGCAAUUGAAGUUGGAAGGAUUUGCACUGAUGUCGGACAUGGUGUUCAUAACUCAAUCUGCGUCCCGUUUAAUGCGCGCAAUCUUCGAAAUUGUGCUGUAUCGUGGCUGGGCACAGCUGGCUGACAAGACACUGACGCUCUGCAAGAUGAUCGACCGCCGCAUGUGGCAAUCUAUGACGCCACUGCGCCAAUUCAAAAAGAUGCCCGACGAGAUAGCCAAGAAGUUGGAGAAGAAAAAUUUCCCUUGGGAGCGCUUAUACGAUUUGGAGCCAAAUGAGAUUGGUGAGCUGAUACGUGUGCCGAAGUUGGGCAAGACCAUACACAAGUUUGUGCAUCAAUUCCCCAAGCUGGAGCUUUCGACGCAUAUACAGCCCAUCACCCGCGCCACAUUGCGCGUUGAGCUUACAAUCACGCCCGACUUUCAAUGGGACGAGAAAGUUCACGGUUUAUCUGAGGGAUUCUGGAUACUCAUUGAAGAUGUGGAUUCUGAGGUGAUUUUGCAUCACGAAUUCUUUUUGCUAAAGGAAAAGUAUUCACAAGACGAACAUCAAAUCAAGUUUUUUGUGCCGGUUUUCGAACCGCUGCCACCACAAUAUUUUCUACGCAUCGUGUCUGACCGCUGGAUUGGCUCCGAGACUCAGCUGCCGGUAUCAUUCAGGCAUUUAAUAUUACCGGAGAAAAAUAUGCCACCCACAGAGUUGCUCGAUUUGCAGCCGCUGCCCAUAUCUGCACUGCGCAAGCCGAAAUUCGAGGAGUUCUAUGUUGAACGUUUCCCACAGUUCAAUCCAAUUCAAACGCAGGUCUUCAAUGCAGUCUACAAUAGCGACGACAAUGUGUUUGUCGGUGCGCCUACAGGUUCCGGCAAAAUGACCAUUGCCGAGUUCGCUAUUAUGCGUCUAUUUUCGCAGCAAGCUGAGGGCCGCUGUGUUUACUUGGUGUCGAAGGAAGCGCUCGCCGAUCUGGUUUUUGCCGAUUGGCACGCCAAGUUCGGCGGCCUAUCACUCAAAGUCGUCAAGCUAACCGGUGAAACUGGCACCGAUUUGAAGCUNUGUGCAAGCAGUCAAUCUCUUCAUACGCGCCUCACCGCCAUUGACAUACNCGUGCAAGCAGUCAAUCUCUUCAUAGUCGAUGAGCUGCAGUUGGUAGGCGGUGAAGAUGGUCCAGUUUUAGAGGUAGUUUGCUCGCGCAUGCGUUAUAUCUCCUCACAAAUUGAGAAACAGAUUCGCAUUGUGGCACUCUCCUCCUCAUUAGCCGACGCGCGUGAUGUCGCACAGUGGCUCGGCUGCAACGCCAAUGCCACAUUCAAUUUCCAUCCGAGUGUGCGUCCCAUUCCGCUGGAGCUGCACAUUCAAGGCUAUAGCAUCACGCAUAAUGCCACUCGCAUAGCUUCCAUGUCUAAACCCGUAUACAAUGCAGUCAUCAAAUACAGUCCUCACAAGCCCGUCAUUGUCUUUGUAUCGUCGCGUAAGCAAGCGCGCCUCACCGCCAUUGACAUACUCACUUAUAGUGCAUCUGAUAUGCAGCCGAAUCGCUUCUUUCACGCUGAAGAAGAGGAUAUCAAGCCCUUCUUGGAUCGCAUGUCUGACAAGACGCUGAAGGAAACACUUUCUCAGGGCGUGGCGUACAUACACGAGGGGCUAACAGCCUCCGAUCACCGUCUGGUGGAGCAACUUUUUGAUUCUGGGGCCGUACAGGUGGCGGUGGUGGCGCGCGAUCUCUGCUGGGGCAUGAGUAUUUCAGCGCAUUUGGUAAUUAUUAUGGACACGCAAUUCUACAACGGCAAGAAUCAUUCCUAUGAGGACUAUCCCAUAACGGAUGUGCUGCAAAUGAUCGGACGCGCUAAUCGUCCAAUUGAAGAUGCGGACGCCAAAUGUGUGCUGAUGUGUCAAUCGUCGAAGAAGGACUUCUUCAAAAAAUUCAUAAAUGAGCCCUUGCCAAUUGAGAGCCACUUGGAUCACCGUUUGCAUGAUCACUUCAAUGUUGAGGUGGUCACGAAAACAAUCGAAAACAAGCAGGAUGCUGUUGAUUAUCUGACCUGGACAUUCUUAUACAGGCGUCUGACGCAAAAUCCGAACUAUUACAACUUGCAAGGAGUUACACAUCGCCAUCUCUCUGAUCACUUGUCAGAGUUGGUCGAAAAUACUCUCUCCGAUUUGGAGCAAUCUAAGUGCAUCAGCAUUGAGGAUGAUAUGGAUACUUUGCCGCUUAAUCUGGGCAUGAUUGCUGCAUAUUAUUACAUUAAUUACACAACAAUUGAACUUUUCAGCUUGUCGUUGAAUAGCAAAACCAAAGUGCGCGGCUUACUGGAGAUCAUCUCUUCUGCGGCGGAGUAUGAGGACAUUGUUGUGCGCCAUCAUGAGGAAAAUAUACUGCGCACACUAUCACAACGUCUCCCAAACAAAUUGACGGGACCUAACGAUUCAGCACCAAAAUUCAACGAUCCCCACAUCAAGACAAACCUGUUGCUACAAGCCCACUUAUCGCGUCUACAAUUGGGACCCGAAUUGCAAGGCGACACAGAGUUGAUUUUGGGCAAGGCUAUUCGCCUCAUUCAGGCCUGUGUCGAUGUGCUUAGCUCUAAUGGUUGGCUCUCGCCGGCUGUAGCCGCUAUGGAGCUGGCACAAAUGGUAACACAAGCCAUGUGGAGUAAAGAUUCGUAUUUGAAACAGCUGCCGCACUUCUCAGCCGAUAUCAUUAAGCGUUGCGCUGAAAAGAAAAUCGAAACUGUUUUCGACAUUAUGGAGUUGGAGGAUGAUGAUCGCUCUCGACUGCUGCAGUUGACCGACGCACAAAUGGCUGAUGUGGCGCGCUUCUGUAAUCGUUAUCCGAACAUAGAAAUGAACUUCGAAGUGCUGGAUAAGGAUCGCAUAAAUUCCGGUUCGACGGUGAACGUUGUUGUGCAGCUAGAGCGUGAAGAUGAAGUUACAGGCCCGGUCAUAGCGCCAUUCUUCCCACAGAAACGUGAGGAAGGUUGGUGGGUGGUGAUUGGUGAUCCAAAAACUAAUUCCUUGCUAUCGAUUAAGCGGCUGACACUACAGCAGAAGGCGAAAAUAAAAUUGGAUUUCGUUGCGCCUAGCCCUGGCCGUCAUGAGUACACUUUGUACUAUAUGAGUGAUUCAUAUUUGGGCUGCGAUCAGGAGUAUAAGUUCUCCAUUGAAGUAGGCGAUUUCCAGUCGGAAAGUGAAAGCGAGUCGGAUUAAAUUUGCUUGAUCAUAAGAAAUACAUUAUCUAAUAUAUGGAAUUCUCUUAUCGUUAGUUGUAGUUUUUUGUGUAUUUAGUAUACAUUUGCAUAUUUGAAGCAUACGCGACUUGGCAAGUGGCCGCAAAAAAA